CUUAAGCAUUAAUUAUAUAUUUGUUUUCCUCCACAAAUAGGUUUCCAUCUUCUACAAGCAGUUGUUGGCACCACUGUAAUUCCAUCGUGUAUCCCAGGAGAAGCCGAAGAUAACUGCACAGCUUUAGUUCAGAAGGAAGACAAUCCACGUGUGGCUCAAGUGUCCAUCACCAAGUGUGGGUCUGACAUGAAUGGCUAUUGUUUACAUGGACAAUGCAUUUACCUGGUGGACAUGAGUGAAAAUUAUUGCAGGUGUGAAGUGGGUUACACUGGAGUCCGAUGUGAACACUUCUUUCUAACUGUCCACCAACCCUUGAGCAAAGAAUAUGUGGCGUUGACUGUGAUACUUAUCAUCUUGUUCCUCGUCAUAGUUGCUGGUUCCAUAUACUAUUUCUGCAGAUGGUAUAAACAUCGACAAAGUAAAGAAUCAAAAAAGGAGUAUGAGAGGGUGACCUCUCGGGAUCCAGGACUGCUACAAGUCUGAAUGGCACCAUCCACUGUAUGGUCAAGGGCACACAUCAUGCCUCAUUAAUGCUAAUAUUCCUAUUUUAUUAAUAAUAUUUAUGGUUGAGUCAUGUGUUAGGUCAAUAACUGUACAUUUUUAAUAUACUUAGAACAUGUUUUUAUUUUUGUUUUGUUUUUGAUGAUUUGAAAAAAUAUAUAUGUAAAAUAUAUUUAAUACCACCAGGGAAUUGAUAUUUUUGUAAGAAAGAAUUUCCUGAGCUGAAUGCUUCAUUGAAAGCUCCAAAGCUUAUGCGCCUGUCACACAGUGCUUAGGAGUAGUGUCCAAUUCGUGGCUGAAAAAGUGCCAGCGAAUGACAGAUUUCUAUAAGCUUAAACAUAUAGUGAAAUUAAGUAGUUUAUUUUUGAAUCCUCAAACUUGUGAUAAUUGGUUUGACCAUAUCAUGAUUUGAUAACAGUUGGCACCAAUGUGUCAUUUAUUAAAAUAGUGAUGCAAUUAGCAUCUAGGAGAAAUAAAACCCAGUAGCAAUCUGAGCCUGGGAAGAUCUUGACCUCUUCCCCGUAUGACCUCAGCUGUGGCUCCGGACUCAGCUGCAGGGAGGGAAAGCAGGCAGUACCCUCAGGCAGCCUGUACUCUUCCAGGUACAAGUUGCCCAGCAACAGAUUAACCUUCCAUCAAAUGAACUGAAAACCUUAAUUUUAUGUCAUGGUUCACAUGGUAGGCAUUCUAUGGAGUCACAAAGUUGCCUUUUUUGUGUAGACAGCAUUUAGGUGGGAUAAUUGCUACUUACAUGACAAUAAGAAAAAGUCUGCAUUCGUUGUCAAGAUUUUUUUGCUGCUUUUCAGGGUAUUUGCAUUCAUAAAGACUUUGUUGAAGAAUUCUGAGUCCAAAAUGUAAUGAACUAGUGUUUUACAAUUUAAGAAGACAAUACUUCUUUAUAUUGUCUAAAGGUGAAAUGUUGUCUCACUUUCACGAAGAUAGUCAUGGUCUAAGAAGCAGCUGCUUGUUAAAAACCAU